UGCAAAAUAUCUAUAUAUUGUGUAUGUCUUGUGAGUACUCUAUUUUCUUUGAUCUUCUUAACCUGCCAUUGAAUAUUAAGUAUCAUCAUGAAGGCUCUCAAUUCUCGUUCUGGUAAAGAUUUCAUGCCAACCGAUGAUGAACUUCUUCAAAACUUUCUCUACAACAAAAUUAACAAUAAACCAAUUCCCAAUUAUCUCAACAUUCUCGAACAUGAUUUGUUCGGAACUGAAAAGACUCCUUUGGAUAUAUGGAACGAGUUCGAAGCUUCCUACUCAUAUGGCGGAAAAGACCUGUACUUCUUUACUGCCUUAAAGAAGAAGUCGGCUACGAGCACGCGCUCCGUUCGCACUAUCGGAAACGGUAAUUGGGAAGGUGAAGACACCGGAAAAAGUAUAUUUGCCAAAGACACACACAAACUUCUGGGAAUGAAAAAACGUUUUCGUUUUGAGAAGAGUAACACUCCUCAAGACGGUGGAUGGAUCUUGCACCAAUAUAACCUCCAUAAAUCUUUGAUUAACAAUCCUUCUCCGGUCAAUAAUUAUGUACUAUGCAGAUUUAGAAAGAAUUUGAAACCAGAAUCACAGAAUACACCAGCAAAAGCAAGUAUAGCUGAUGAAUCCAAUUCUCAUUUAAGAAAAAUUUCAACAACAAAAAGUUGUUAUAGUCAAACAAAAAGUUGUUAUGGUCAAGAGAGUAAAGGAAAGACUGUGAUGCUUCCUAAACAACAAGAACCUAUCAUUCCUAAACAAGAAGAACCUAUCAUUCCUAAACAAGAAGAAUCACCUGCAGUUAUAUCAGGGAAUUAA